CAAUAUAUUUAUCACAAUUUUAGAAAGUGCUGAGAAGACAUUUUUUUAUUUAUAGAACACAUGCCAGUAUAUGCCAGCUACAACUAGAUCAGACUAGAUUUAGCAAUAUAUACUGACAACCAACACUAUUCCCUCAUUCAUGUUCUAUACUCUGUGCAUGUAUAGGAAUCUCACACAACCAACUGACGAAAGGGAUUGUAUGCAUAAUGCCACGGAAAACAGAGAGAGGAAUUCUGGGAUACAAAAAAGACCCCAAAAAACAAGUCCUGUUUUCCUUCAACCCUCGAGAUGGAGAUGAGUGUCCCACAAGUGACUCAGAGGACUCGGAUUAUCUCCCUUCUGAUGAAGAGCGACCAUCUUCAUCCAAUAGUAAGAAUAUUACUAGAAAGCAAGCAUCAAGAAAUAACCAUGGUAACAAGACAGGAAAAAGGAAGUCACAUGACCAGUCUGACACACGGGCCAAGAAGGUAGCAAGACUUUCACAAAAUGAAGCAUCUCUCGUGUUGACAUCUGACUUCCAGGGCCGUCUGCCACCAGAAGUGUGGCUGAAGAUAUUCAAGAUGGUGGUGUACAGUGAUGGAGCUCUGCCUUUCCUUUGUCGAGCAGCAAAAGUGUGUUGCAUGUGGCGGGAGCUUGCAGAGAACCCGUUGCUAUGGGAUACAGUGGACCUAUCAUAUGGCUGGAUCAAGUCACAAGACCAGACUCUGAUAUAUCUAGCCAAUCAACGUCUGAGUCAGUGCCAGACAUUGUCCUUGUCGAUGUGGAAGAACCUCACAAAUCAGGCUGUCAAGGUGCUGUCAGAAAAGUGUCCUCUCUUGAAGAGCAUUAACUUGUCAUAUUGCAAGAAAUUGACAUCAGAGGGUAUUACCGCUCUUGUCAACAACUGUUGUGAUAUUGAAGAUAUGGACCUGUCGUUUACAUCAAAUGAUGCUGUGUCUGUGUCGUGUCUGAAGAACUUGGUUCAGAAACUUGGCGGCAAUCUACGUCACCUGACAAUAGGCGGCAACACAUUGAAGGGAUUCCCUACAUUCUUGACAACACUCAUGAAUUCCUGCCCUAGCCUGGAGACCCUGGAUGUAUCUAAUGCAGUGUUCUCUGCAGACUUUGUGUCCCUCAACAUUGAGGCAUUUCAAGCUCACUGUUCAAAGUUACGAGUUCUCCGGCUCACGAAUUCCAAGUUUCGAGCUUCAUAUGUCUCCCAGAGACUCAAGGCAGAGUCCCCUGGGUUUCCACAGUUGGAGCAAGUGAGUCUGGCCGUCAGCACGUCGGGGCUCAACUCAUCGCUAGGGUUUGAUGACGACUUCCUGUCCAGGUUGCUGAAGUCAUCGGUGGAGUUGCGACUGCUGGACCUGCGAGGCUGCACCAACCUGUCCACGACGUCACUGCAACAUCUUCCCGUCACACAUCUCGUGCAGCUCCAUCUGUCACAGAGCUCCGUCACCAAAUAUGCUGACCUUGACAUGGUCUUUAGGAAGUGGAGGCACAGUCUGACCCAUGUAGAUCUAUCAUGGAACAGUUUCCCCGAGAACCUGGACAAGGGCGUGGCAGCCCUGGCAGAGGGGGACCAACCCUCGCCUCUAGAACACCUCAACAUUGCCGGCACCUCGGUUGGAGUUACCCCUGUCAAACUGGUGCUGGAGUUGUGCCCCAAGCUGAUCUUCAUCAAUCUGACGUCCUGCCGCUCUCUGCCCCGAGGGGUCAAGAGAGAGUUCAGCGGAAAGAACAAGAUUGAUAAGCUGAAGAAAGAGUUUGAAGAUGUUUCCGACUCCGAGCUAGACAGUUUAUCAGACUAGAACUUUUCACUCUGAUAUGAAAUGUGUUUUGUUUUUAGUACUAAAUGUUUUAGAAAAUCACUCCUGUUAAUGGUUGAACGAUGGGAGGGAUUUGAAGAACAACAUGCUGAGUUUACAAUAUACCUGAUGGCAGCUAAUGAAUAAUGUAUGUUGUCUAACGCCACGAUCAUCAAUAUUACAACUGUGUAAUAGCAUUGUGUAAAAAAUCGAGUCGCGGCAGGCAAGCUGUUGUUGGUGACAUGAGCUACAAUCCACAGUCACACACUAUCGGCCACGACCCCAGUCCAUUAAGGGAUCUCGGCACAAAAUGUUAAGGCCAGACUUCUUGUUUUUUUUGUUUACAGAUUUUUGGCCCAUAAAGUAAGGUCAGUGGAACGAAAAAAUUAAAUAAUAUAUAAUCCAAUUUCAAACAUAUUUUAUAUUUUUCCUUAAUUAAAAUGUUAAGUAGGUAGGCAAGUAAAUGUGAGGGUGGGGAAGAUAAAUUUGCAACAGGUAUUAAUUAAAGUAUUUUAGAUAAUUUAUUUAUAUUGACAGCGACAGUAUAUUACUUUUUUUAAAAACAUUUUACUUAUUUCUUGUCAGCUAUUUAAAAACACUGCUUUGACUUAUUUUAUAUUUUUACCUUUCAAUUUUUGUGACUUGGCGGAUUUGUAAGCCAAGUUUUUAAAAAAAGUUGGUUUAAAGAUACACAUUGCUUUGUUGGUCACUGUGAUAACUUUCACAUCACAACUACUAAGUGUACUAUUACAGCCCAAGUUACCGUGUAUAUUCGUGGCCCAUUUCCAAUAGGAACGUAGGAGUGAUGAAAUACUCAGGAUUGCCUCAGAUGACCUUGUUAGUAUAGAUUGAUACACCUAGUUUUUGUCAUAUUAAGAAUUUGUCUCAGGUGCAAAAUGGCAGCAAUGUAUCAGUACUUUUGAUAACCAUGUUUCACCUUUCAACUGUUUCCAUUCUGUGAAUGAAAAUGAACCCUCAUGUUUUUUUAUAUAUUUUUUACUUCAAGGGGCCAAGGAAUAUUCUCCAUUUGUGAUCAGGAAUGGGGCUGGUACCAACUUGAAAAGUAAAUUUUUGUUAUAAAUAAGCACAAUAAAUAUAUAUAUGGCUUCAAAA